AUGGGCAAUUCAUAAUAAAAAAAUGAUGAUAAAUUAAUCUCAACAGUUUGGCUUGGUGUUAAUGUAAUGAUUAUAAUUAUAUUGCAGAAUGAUUGGAAAUCAUUAAUGAAAGAUAGAUUAUCUCGCUUAGAAGAGGAAUGGGUGAUAAGUAUGAUCAAAUGUUUGGCUAAACAUUCUCCUCAAGAAUAAAAUAGAUUUAGACAUAAGAUUAAAUAAGUUUGUAUAUAUUUAAUAAAUAACAAAAUAAGUGAAUGAAAGUUUGAAGGAAGAAGAAAUGAAAAAAAUAUAGUAACAAUCAGAAGAGUUUUUGUAAAUAUAAAUAAUAUAUUUUAGAAAGAACAAUGAGUUUCUCAGAGAAGAUACAUGUAUUCAAACAUCAUCAAGUGAACAAACAUUAUCAACUAGUUACAAUUCAUGUAUUUUUUAAUUUCCAUAAAAUUUAGUUUCUAAAAUCAAUGAAAAUCAAUCUAUAUCUUCAUAUAAAUAAGAUUUAUAGGACUAUGAAACUUAAAAUCUUUAAGCUCAAAAGUUUUAUUUAGUGUUUACAAUAAUAAAUGGGAUGAUCAAAUCAAAUAAACAUCCUUUUUUCUAUAUGAUUACAUAAUUUUAGGAAUGGGCAAAACUUCAUUUAAAUGGGCUUCAAUAAUCUAAUUAAAAUAUGUCUUAAUUGAAAGCUCAAGUUGCCAAAUUUGGUGUAACAACAAAUUUAUUCUUAAAUUAUCUCAUUCAUGCUUUGAAUGAAUAUUUGGGAGAUAUAUCAAAUGAUUAAUUUGAUGUUGCUUAAAAUAAGUAUCUAAAGGAUAAAGCAAAUUAUUUUAAUCUUUUUCUAUCAAUAGUAAGAUAUUAAUUCAUUCUAUUUAGACUAUGAAUGAAACCCUAACAAUUUAAUUAAUGGAAGUCUUAAAAAUAUUACAUAAAAAUAGUAUAAUAAAUUUAAUGGGAAAAAUGACACAUUUAUCAUUAAAACCGGAUUUCUUUGAAAUUCCAAAGAAAUAUUUGACUUAGAAUAAGCCCUUUUAAGAAUAAAUUGAAUAUCUAUAAGCAAUUUAAUACUCAAAACAUCCAGCUGAAAAAUACUAUGUUUUAGCAAAAGGAUAUCAAUUAUUAAGAGAAUAACUUACAAAAAGUGCUUCAAAUUUUGUUUAAUUACAAGCCACAAAUUAUGUACUUGUCCAUUCACAAAUUCAAAAUUUGCACGCUCAUUUGCAUUUACUCGAACUUUUUUAUCCCAGCUCACCUUUAUUACUAAAGUAUAAUUCGUCAUUGUAAUUUUUAUAAAAUAUUAUAAUAUGA